AUGGACGGCAGGAAGAUGGAGCGCUUCUCUUCCAGUGUGAUUUUGAUCAUGGCCAUUUCCAAAGCAUUUGAACUGGGAUUAGUUGCUGGGUUGGGACACCAUGAACUUGCACGUCCAUCUGAGAAAGACCUGGCCGCCAGAGAUGAUGACAUUCGGUCCCAUGAGGAGCCUGCAAUUCAUCCUCGGUCUUCCCAGUUUGUGCCAUCCGUGGGAAUACAGGACAGUAAGGAGCUAAACAAAACCUGCUGUCUGAAUGGGGGAACCUGCAUGCUGGGGUCCUUUUGUGCCUGCCCCCCCUCCUUCUAUGGACGAAACUGUGAGCACGAUGUGCGCAAAGAGAACUGUGGGUCUGUGCCCCAUGACACCUGGCUGCCCAAGAAGUGUUCCAUGUGUAAAUGCUGGCGCGGCCGGUUCCGCUGCCUUCCUCAGACAUUUCUACCUGGCUGUGAUGGCCAUGUAAUGGAUGAGCACCUCACGGCUUCCAGGACACCAGCAUCACCACCGGCUGCAUGCACCACUCUUAUGCUCGCUGGCAUCUGCCUUUCUAUACAAAGUUACUAUUAA